AUGACAUUUCCACAAACUCCAGAGGCUACGAUUAGUGUCUCUGAGUUUGUGGUGUUUGCUUUGGUACUCCUUCAUUUCAUAUACCACUUGAUUCAUUCUUGGUGUUCACAGGAUGUGGCGUUUCCUUCGUCUGUGCAUCUGUCAGAGAGUCACCAAGACUUCUCGCAGGCCAUGCAGGGGGAUACGCUCGUAGAAGAGUCUGUGGUGCACGAACACCAGUUCUGGAAGCGGUCGAAGACUACCCAAUACUUGCUGUACGUACUUACGGCUGUGGGUGCGAUUGUGGGCUAUUGGUUCGACGUGUACUUCUGGUUCGUGUUUCCUUUUAUGACGACCUUGUCCAUCUACGUAUGCGAUCAAGAGAUUAGCAUUGCAUCCCACAAGCUCAAGACCAGGUGGCAUGCUAUUUGCUACCUGUUUAUUCUCUCAACCAUUUUUUUCGUCGCAGAAGUGUUUCGCACCGCCUGUGGCGAAUGGAAAUCAGUUGCGCGGUGGUUCUGCAUGACCUUGCUGGGCCUUCUUGGAGUGAUAACAGGGACUGUCCCUGGCAAGCCACGACAUGUGGCGACCCAUAGCAAGGUCCUGGAACUCGCACGCGAAGAUGACGAGCUGAGUCACGACGAAGAAGACACGAUGACGUCCAUGGACAUUGCUCCUACACGAAGUGCCAGCAAUUCCAUCCUUGGCUCUCUGUUUUUCAUGCAUGUCAUGCCAUUGGUACGCCAGGCGAUGUGGAAAGGCGUAGUGAGCUCGGUCGAUGUGCCUGUAAUGGGCCGAAACAUGCAAUCAGAGACGCUAGGUUUGCGUGUUCGUGCUCUAUUCCUUCAGUACGUGCAUGGAGCAGACCCUAAAACUGCGGUCCCUUCGGAGCAGGAAGCCAAGAAGACGUUGUUCUCGCGGCAGUCCAGGGAGCUGCUCUAUGUGCUAGUACGAGCGAACACGAGCCUAUUCUUCACGUUGGUUUCCAUGACAAUUCUCUCGGUGGGUAUGUAUUAUGCCCCUGCGUUCUUAGCAAACCAAAUCUUCACCGUUGUGGGUGAUCAGCGUGCAGGUAUGGAAACGUCGCGUGAGACAUUCUUCCGCGCCCUGCCCUGGGUGCUUGCGCUGUUCUUGCUGAUCAUUGUGAGCAGCACCGUGCAAGGAGUGCUAUGGAGCUGUCUAGAAGGCGACUUAGCUGUGCGUCUCUCGACGCAGCUCUCGACGCUCUUGUAUGCCAAGACGCUGCGACGUCGUCAAGAAGCGGACUUGAAAGGCGAAGGCAAAGGCAGUAAUCAAGUGAUCAACCUGCACUUGGUUGAUUUGCAACGUGUGGUGUCCGUCACAUUCCACCUCUUCGCGGCGAUUACGACGCCGCUUGAGUUGGUCGUGGGUGGCUACUUUGCGUAUCGUGUGCUGGGCAUUAGUGCGUUGGUGGGCCUAUCGACGACGAUUCUGCUGAUGCCCUUCAUUGGGCUGUUGAGUGGUCUCUUUGGGCGCACGAACGAGCGCUUGAUGACCGUACGUGACAAGCGUAUGGGUCUGCUGAACGAGUGCUUUUCGGGCAUUCGUAUGAUCAAGUCGCAGGCGUGGGAAUCUGUCUUUCAAGAGCGUGUGGACGAUACACGACGCGCUGAGCUGCGUCAUCAGCUCAUGUCGUUUGUGUGUGAAGCUGUCCUUACCUGUAUUUUGGAGCUAAACCCCUUGCUGGUGACUCUGGUGGCUUUUACAUGUUACACGCAAGUCAUGCACCAAGAGCUUACGCCGGCCGUGGCGUUCACGUCGCUAGCUAUCUUUGCAGAGCUGCGUUGGACGUUGAUUAUGCUGCCGAAAGCGGUGACAGACUUUGUCCAGACGCUGGUCUCGUCGGAGCGUAUCGCUACGUACUUGAUUAGCCCCGAAGUGACCACGGCGCCGCCCUUUAGUGGUGCGAACGAUGGAUCGUCGCAUUUGGUCCGCUUGGAUCAUGCCACGAUUGCCUGGCCCCAAGUGGGCAAGGUGCCGACAUUUUCCCUGCAGGAUGUGACGUUGGACUUUCCCACGGGCAAGACCCUGAUUUGUGGCCGUGUAGGCAGUGGCAAGUCGCUGCUGCUGCAGUCGCUGCUGUACGAGACAGAAGUGUUGCAUGGCACAGUCCAGUGCCCACGCUCGCCACAGACGGGUAUCCCAAGCAACGAAGACGAUCUUCGUGAGGCAGCGGAGGCCCUCAAUACACCAGGCUGGCUGCGCACAGAUUUGGUAGCGUAUGCGCCUCAAACGCCGUUCCUUAUGAACGCAAGUAUACGCGAGAAUAUCCUAUUUGGUUUGCCGCUCGGCGACGGAAAGCGGUACCAAGCGACGUUGGAAGCGUGCUCGCUAGCGCCGGAUCUGAAGCAGAUGGAGCAUGGUGAUCUGACGCAGGUCGGUGAAAACGGUACAGAGCUGUCAGGCGGUCAGAAGGCGCGCAUUGGCCUCGCGCGAGCAGUGUACUCACGCGCACGAACGCUUCUUUUGGACGACGUGCUCUCUGCGGUGGAUACCGGCACGGCAAAGCACAUGGCAGAGCGCGUGUUUGCUGGUCGAUUGCUGCAAGGCCGUGUGGUGCUGUUGGUCUCGCACAAUGUGCCGCUGCUGGGCAAGUUGAUGGACCAAGUGGUGUACUUGGAUGACCGCCACGUGACGUUCCACGGCACGCCCAAGCAGUUUUUCGGCUCAGAGCACUACACGGGCUGGCUCGAUGGGGAGAAAGAUGGCGAGGCGCAGCAGGACGACGAGACGCAUGCGCACCAGCCCGCGGAACUCUCAGCGAUAGGCUCGAAGCGUGGCUCUGAGCACCGUGAGAAAGGCAACAUUGCAUGGAAAGUAUGGCAUGCGUACAUUCUGGCCAGCAGUGGAUGGACGUUGUCGUUGCUGACGACGUUCCUCUUUACGCUAUCGAACAUGUGGGACUUGGUCACCAACGCGUGGCUGCGUGAUUGGACGUCGGCGCCUGCGAAUUUGCACUCGAGUGAGUGGUGGCUCUGGCGGUACGCAGGUUUGCUCGGCAUUGGCAUUGGACUGAGCAUCGUGCGAUGGAUCGGCAUUUAUGCGAUGUCGCUGAAAGCGUCGCAGGUCAUGUUCAGCCGCAUGUUGGAGCGCACACUGCAUGCGCCGCUGCAGUUCUUCGAUAAGGUGACACGGGGCCGCCUGCUCAACCGCUUUGGCCAGGACCUCAAUGUCUUGGACUCGAACUUUGCACGUGCCAUUGCCGACGUGGUGAUUCGCGUGACGCAGCUGCUCGCGACGCUGGUGGCGCUGUUUAUGGUCGGCGGUGUAGGCAUCGUCGUGGCGCUGCUGGCGCUCAUGCCGCUGUAUGGCUUUGUGGCGCAGCAUUACUUGUCGGUGGCGCGUGACUUGCAAAGGCUUACCUCGACAUCGCGUUCGAUGGUCGUCAACUCGUUUAGUCACGCGGUGCAUGGCGUGCAAGUGAUCCGUGCGUUUGGUGCGCAGGCACGGUGUACCAACGAGAUGCUGCAUGUGCUUGACAACAACAACCGCUUUGUAUGGUGGACGUCGCAAGGCAGCCGCUGGGUGACGCAGAUGUACAAUCUGAUCAGCUCGUUCCUGGUGUUGGCCUCGUGUGUGUUGAUUCUGCUCCAGCCUAACACGGAGCCAGCCAGCAUCGACUUCUCGCUGACCUUCUUGAUCCAACUCAACUUUAUUUUGCUGAUUCUCAUGCGUAUGUACACGUCACUGCAAACGAAUGGUGUGGCGAUAGAGCGCAUCUUUGAGUACGCCGAGAACAUCGAUAAAGAAGCCCCCAGCCACAUGGAGCGAGCGCCGCCGGACACCUGGCCGAACCAUGGCCAUGUGCAGGUGGACCAUCUCACAGUACGUUACGCGGACGACACACCCAAUGUCCUGCACGAUGUAUCGUUCCAUGUGCCAGGCGGCACCAAGCUCGCCAUUGUAGGGCCGACGGGCAGUGGGAAAUCCACCUUGGUGGGCGCCUUGCUGCGGUUGCUCGAAGCGCACAAGGGCUCGAUUCAGAUUGAUGGGUGGGACAUUUCGGAGGUGGGCCUGCACGAUCUGCGGUCGCGCGUUCGCAUUGUGGCUCAAGACCCUGUGAUCUUGUCAGGCACGCUCCGCAGUGCCCUGGACGUGAUGAACCAGUUUGACGACGAACAGGUACUGGACUGUCUGCGCCGCGUCCAGCUCAUCACGGACGGCUCGGAUGCGUUCACCGACUUGUCUAUGCCCAUUGCCGAGCACGGCGCCAACCUCAGUCAGGGCCAGCGCCAAUUGCUCUGCCUAGCGCGGGCCAUUCUCCACAAGGCCCGCGUCGUGCUAUUUGACGAGGCCUCGAGUUCUAUUGACUACACGACCGAUAUGCACAUCACCGACGUGAUCCGCGAGGCGUUCCAUGAUAGCACUGUGCUGACCAUUGCACACCGUCUGCGUACGGUGAUUGAGUACGACCAGGUCCUGGUACUGGACCAUGGCCGUGUGAAAGAAAUGGGCGAGCCUGCCAAGCUCCUGCAAGAUCCGUCCUCGUUCUUCUAUCGACUUUGCAAGGAUGCUGGCCCAGCCGAAUUCAAGUACUUGGUCGCUAUGGCAGGCAAGGCCGCCGACGUACGGCAAACUACCACCUUUUCCUCUUCAUAG